AUGGCCGGAUGGGAGAGCCGAAAGAAACUUCAUGAGUGGAGAAUCAUGCAACAUCGAGGCCGUAAUAAAGUCCUAAAGGCAUCAAAGGAUCCUAUUGCACGAGCCCGGCUCUAUGCCGAGAUCCCGUCCCCGAAAUCCGCAGGACUCCACAUUUCAGAGUCGGAUCGAAUCUCGGCCUUGACGUCCCUUCCGGCAUUCCUCUUCAACGGCCCCGCAGUAGAUCCCGGACAAUCACAGGUUACUACUAGUCAAGGAUAUCAAUCCUUCCUUACUAUUUUCCCCGCCGAGGUCCGGAACAUUAUAUACUACUAUGUUAUCGGCUAUCCUACAUGUCGAAAUCUAUACGACUAUUACUACGACCAGAAAGAAAAGGCCAAAGCUAAGAUUGAGCUGCGACCACGCUCUGCUAAUACCAAAGUAUCGCGCCACUCCAAGAUUAUUCUUCAGACGCCUGCCAUCCUCCUUCUCUGUAGGCAGAUAACGAGAGAAGCACUCAGCCUUCUAUGUUUCCAACCCUUCGUCAUCGACCGCAUUCCGCCUUGGAUCAUGGGCAGCUCGUCACCCCUCUCCAUAGUCAACUUCAUCAGCAGAGCAACAUUGCAAAACCUUCGAUUCGUGCAAAUCAAAAUCUCGCUUGGUGAUAGUGCUGAGUUCGGAAGCGGGAAGGUCUGGCUCAGGCUACUGAACGACAUACUAGACGCCUGGUCGGAACGCAAUUCCCUCGUUCGAUUAGAAGUCAUGUUCAAGCUCUCACAUGUUACCAGGCCUAACACGUGGAUCUAUGAACUGGACGACUACGAAAGGCUCGUGGACAAGGCAAGUGCCCCCGUGCCCCCGUACCCCAGUAACGACGACAUCGCUGACGUGGGCUUACGAUUUUCCAGCUUAGUUACUUCGAGUUCAAACACGGAUCAAAGCCUGGCUUGA